AUGCACCCCGAGGCCUCAGAGCCUGUGGUGGACGGGGUAGCGGAGCAGGAGUGCGCGCAGGAGCCUGGUGUGGAGGAGUCGGCUGGUGACCACGGGAACGCAGGAGAAGGUGGCCGCAAGGAAGAAAUGAAUGAUCCUAAGGAAACGUGUGUGGGUCCUUCGAACACUUCUUAUCUCAGUGAGCAGAAACAGAGUGGUGACAGCUGGUCAGAUGGUCGCUUAGCACACCAAACAGACGACAAGGAAGAUGGUGGCACCAGAAUGACUAAAAAGUUUCUGCAAAAGCUUUGCAAGCAGCACAAGCUUUACAUUACCCCAGCACUGAAUGAUAUGCUGUAUUUACACUAUAAAGGCUUUGACCGCAUCGAGAACCUGGAAGAGUACACGGGGCUGCGCUGUCUCUGGCUGGAGUGCAACGGCAUCCAGAAAAUUGAGAACCUCGAGGCCCAGACGGAACUGCGCUGCCUCUUCUUACAAGUGAACUUGCUCCAUAAGAUCGAGAACCUAGAACCUUUGCAGAAACUGGAUGCUCUCAACAUCAGCAACAACUACAUCAAGACCAUCGAAAACCUCUCCUGCCUGCCGGUCCUGAACACACUCCAGAUAGCGCACAACCACUUAGAGACCGUGGAGGACAUUCAGCAUCUCAGGGAGUGUGCCAGACUCUGUGUCCUUGACCUUUCCCACAACAAGCUGAGCGACCCCGGGAUCCUGAGUGUUCUCGAGAGCAUGCCUGACUUGCGUGUGCUGAAUCUGAUGGGGAACCCGGUGAUUAAGAACAUCCCCAACUACCGAAGGACACUCACCGUCCGGCUAAAACACUUAACAUACCUGGAUGACAGACCAGUUUUUCCCAAGGACAGAGCUUGUGCCGAGGCCUGGGCCCGAGGAGGGUACGCGGCCGAGAAGGAGGAGAGACAGCAGUGGGAGAUGAAAGAGCGAAAGAAGAUCACGGACAGCAUUGAGGCCUUGGCGGCCAUUAGGCGCCAGGCGGAGGAGAGGAAGCGGCAGAAAACGCGCCAGGAGCGAGGAGAGGAGCCCGCGCCAGCUGGUGCUGGGGACGUGGACACCAAAGUGGAAGGAGAGGAAGAGCCUCAGGAGAAGAAAGAAACACGGCAGAAGAUAGAGCAGUUUGUCAAGGAGAGCUUCGAGGCCAAGGAGGAGCUGUGCCCGGAGAAGCCAGCAGAGCCGAGCCCCCUGGAGGAGCUGCCUCUGGAUGUCGGGGAGCCGCGAGGGGUGCUCCCCCCUGAGGCCCUGCCACCGAGCCCCAGAGCUGCCUGGGCAGAAUUGGCUCCCCAGACUGUGGCCACUGAAAAUGCAUCAGGCACAGAGCCCGACGGAGCUGAAAAUCUGGAGGCCACAAGACCAGAGACUAAGGAGCAGCUCUUCAUCGAUGACCUGCCUGACUUGGAAGAUGUGAAUGCCGGCGAAUCUCUGGGCCACCGGGAUAGGGAGCAGUGCUUUCCAAAGAUUACAGCCAUCUUGAGCCCAAGUGACAACAGUGAGCCUGAUGUGGACAACAUCUCACUCCUAGAGCUGGAAAAUGCAUCCUCAGACACGCUUUCCAGUAUAUUUGCAGUCCCCAAGGACAUCUCCUGGAGGGUGGAGACCGAGACGCCCUUCACAGACAUACUUAAAGUGGCACCAGAGAGGGACCCGGAAACCCAAAGGAGAGCGAGUGAGGUCCCUCGCCCACUGAUUGAGGAGCUGGGCAGUGAUGAGGAGCCGGGCAAUGAUGAGCCUUCAGGGUUGUCAACCCUGCCCCCCGUCUGCGAGGGGGAAGCUGUGCCUGCCCCACGCACUGAGGACAGCAAUGGGGACCUACUUCCGGCCCCCGCUCCAGGAGACAGCCCUCAGAAGGAUGAAGUCCAGUCUGAGGUGGAGCCCGAGGAGCGCCCGGGGUCCGAGGCAGGAGAAGACCGGGAGGACGUUGAAUUUGGCCUGGACUGA